GCGCGCGGCGCGCAGGGGGGACCCAGGGCCGGGGCGCAGCAUGGGCGGCCCGCGGGCCUGGGCGCUGCUCUGCGUGGGGCUCCUCCUGCUCCCCGCAGGCGGCUCGGCCUGGAGCGUCGGCGGAGCCCCGUUCUCCGGACGCAGAAACUGGUGCUCCUAUGUGGUGACCCGAACCAUCUCAUGCCACGUGCAGAACGGCACCUACCUUCAGCGAGUGCUGCCCAAUUGUCCCUGGCCCAUGAGCUGCCCUGGACAUGGCUACAGAACUGUGCUGCGACCCACCUACAAAGUGAUGUACAAGACGGUGACUACCCGAGAGUGGAGGUGCUGUCCGGGGCACUCGGGGGCAAGCUGCGAGGAAGUUGCAGGCUCUACAGGCUUCACAGAGCCCGGGUGGCCAGGCAGCAGCUCACGGCGGAUGGCACUGCGACCCCCCACAUUCUCAGGCUGCCUCAACUGCAGUAAAGUGGCCGAGCUGACCGAGCGGCUAAAGGAGCUCGAGGUGAAGGUGGCUGUGUUGACUGUCACAGAGCGGACAGCGCCCCCCACCCCACCUACCCCCAAGGACCCCGUCCCGCUCUGGGGUUCCCCAGCUACCCAUGGCAGCCCUGGGGAUGGAGGCCCCCAAGGGCUCCCAGGAGGAGGAGAGAACACGAGGCCCCCUCUGCUCCCUCGAUAUGAUCGAGUUGGCAUCCGGGGGCCUCCUGGCCCCACUGGCCCCAAGGGAGACAUGGGCAGCCGGGGGCCAAUAGGCAUGCGCGGGCUUCCAGGUCCCCAAGGCCCUCCUGGAAGCCCUGGUCAGGCUGGAGCUGUGGGUACCCCCGGAGAGAGGGGACCUCCAGGCCCACCAGGGCCUUCUGGGCCCCCAGGUCCCUCAGCUCCUGUUGGACCACCCUAUGCCCAGAUCCAGCAUGGAGACUCACUUCUGUCCAAUACCUUCACAGAGACCAGCAGCCACUGGCCCCACAGACCCUCUGGGCCCCCUGGACCCCCAGGCCCUGUGGGCCCACCCGGACCUCCUGGGCCUGUGGGCCUCCCUGGCAGUCCUGGUCAUACGGGCCCCACAGGCCCCACUGGACCCAAAGGAGCGCCUGGACACCCAGGAGAGAAGGGCGAGAAAGGGCUUCAGGGAGAGCCAGGUCCUCAAGGAUCCAUGGGGCAGCAGGGAGAACCUGGCCUCAAAGGAGACCCUGGAGAGAAGAGCCACUGGGGGGAGGGGUUGCACCAACUCCGCGAGGCUUUGAAGAUUUUAGCUGAGAGGGUUUUAAUCUUGGAAACAAUGAUUGGGCUCUAUGAACCAGAGGGCUCAGGGGCAGGCCCUGCUGGCACAGGUACCCCCAGCCUCCUGCGGGGCAAGAGGGAAAGACAUGCUGCCAACUACCGGAUCGUGGCCCCCAGGAGCCGCAACGAGAGAGGCUGAGAGAGGGUGUCCCCCACCAGGUGGGCCCGGCCAAGCUUCCCUUCCUGACUGGGGCCUGGCCAGAUGUCUCUGGGAACUGCCCUUCAUAUUUAUUAACGUCCUCAGGGGUCUUUUGCCAGCUGGGCCUUUGCGAUGGACAGAUCUUGGUCCCGGCCUGUGG